GGCUCCAUGCUCGGAAUUCCGUGGUCUCAUUGCUGCUCGGGUGGCUGAAAGCCUCCGGGUUCUGGUGUGCUCAAUGCCCCUGAGAGUGCACGACCCCCUGGAGCUGCUCGUGCCCCAUGCAGGGCCACCACCAUAGUGGGGAUCACGGGGAUUUCAGCAGCUGAGGUGCAACUGUCUGCCCCCACCCCAGGGGUUGAGGGUGAUGGUAUCGGUGGGGAUCAUUCUGGGAUCGGUGGGGCUCAGCACUGGGAUGCUUCAGUCCCAAAUUUACCUGGACUCGACCCAAACAAAGCCAGUGCCGGGGGCGUAGCUGGCAGCGAGCCCCGUACGGGGCGGGGAUUGAUGCCGGUGCCAGGCCUGCGAGCCACGGCGCCCGCCCAUGAGUCACCCGGGGACACUGACGCAGCCGCUCCGUCAGCGGGAAGGCCGUCCCUGCUCCGCCGUCGCCGCUCCCCCGGCUCUGUUGGGGAUGCGCGGCCGCCGCCUCCCAGCUCCCCGCGCGGUUAUCAUCCCCGCCGCUCCGCUCUCCCGCAUCACCGCUCGCCCGCCCGCACCGCGGUGACGUGCGCUGGUUGCCGGGGAGGACCCUGCCCGCCUUCGCUCCCCGCCAUCAAACUUUGCUCCUCCGCACCGGCGCUGCUCGCACAUGGCACCCCACGGCUGAACCCACCGCUCGUCCAUCCCGGCCAUGUGUCCUCGGUGCCCCGGUGGAGAUGAAGCAGCGAUGAUGGCCGCCGGUGGGACCCUCCGUCCCCGCAGACCGGACCAGGGGCAGCCGGGGGAACGACCGCCGCUACGGCUGGUGCUCACCGUCGCGGCGUGGCUGGGCACCGGCACCGCUCUGGCCGGCCUCAACAAAUGGAUUUUCGCCGCCCACGGUUUCCGCUACCCGCUGCUGCUCUCCUCCCUGCACAUGCUGGCGGCCGUGGCUCUGGGCUACCCGCUGGGCUGGGUACGAGGACCGCCGCCGCCCGUCCGGCCCCGCGCACGGAUCUACCUGCUGAGCCUCACCUUCUGCGGCAGCGUGGCUUUGGGCAACCUGGGGCUGAGCCUGGUGCCGCUGGACGCAGCUCAGGCCGUGCAUGCCACCGCCCCGCUGGCCACCCUGCUGCUGUCGGCGCUGCUGCGGGGCCGCCGGCACCAUCCGCUGCAAUACGCGGCCAUGGGACCGGUUUGCGCCGGGGCUGUGUGCAGCAUCGCCGGAGGUGUCCGCUUCCACCAGCCCGGGGGCUGCGUCCUCCUGGCUGCCACCGUCCUGCGUGCCCUCAAGUCGCUGCAGCAGAGCCUGCUGCUGCAGGAGGGCCGCCUGGACGCCGUGUCCCUGCUGUGCCUCACCGCCCUGCCCAGCUUCUGCCUGCUCUUUGGGGCAGCCGUGGCACUGGAGGUGGCCCCGGCGUGGCAGGGCGUGCUGCGCUACGACGGCUCGCUUUGGGGCUGCGUGCUGCUCAGCUGCCUGGGCUCCGUUCUCUACAACCUGGCCAGUUUCUGCGUCCUGUCCCUCACCUCCGCCCUCACCAUCCACCUUCUGGGCAACAUCACGGUGGUGGGCAACCUGCUGCUCUCCCGCCUGCUCUUCGGCAGCCGCCUGAGUGCCCUCAGCUACCUGGGCAUCGCGCUGACGCUGGCUGGGAUGUUCAUGUACCAGCAGCCACAGCUCAUUGCACGGCGCUGGGCCGUGUGGCUGCAGCACCGACCCCCCCGGCACCAGUAGGGAUGGAGGUGGUGGGAUUUGUGUGUGGCGCAGCUCUGCGUGAGCUGGUGUGCAAGGCUCUGUUUGCACGUACGCGUGCUGGUGUGCUUGGCACCGAGAGCACAGGACUGUGCUGAUUUGCACAGCUCUGCGUGCACUGGUGUGUGCAUGGCACUGUGUGCACACGUAUGCUGCAGUGCAUCUGUGUGCUUGGCACUGCGUGCACAAAACUGUGCUGAUUUGCACAGCUCUGCGUGCACCGGUGUGCAUGGCACGGUGUGCAUGCAUAUGUGCUGGGGUGCACAGCACUGUGUGUGUGCUGUGUGCGUGUGCAGGUGUGCAAGGCAGUGCGUCCAUGUGUGAGUGCUGGUGUGUGUGGCACUGUUUGCACACAUUUAUGCUGGUGUGCAUGGCACGGUGCCAGCAUGUGUGUGCUGGUGUGUGUGGCAACGUGCACAUGUGUGUGCUGGUGUGCACAACCCCUCUGUAGCACAUCUGUGUUGGUGUGUGUGGUACAAUAUGCCCACAAGUAUGCUGGUGUGCACAGCUCUGUGUCCUCAUGCAGGUGCUGGUGUGCAUAGCAAUGUAUGCACAUGCGUGUUUGGUGUGCACACUGUGCAAGCACAUAUGUUGGUCCAUGUGGCCACGUGCAUGCUCAGUGCGUGCGUGUUCUGAACACACAAGCAUUUGUGUGCACAGCUCUGUGCAUGGGGCACACGUGCUGUUGUGCACAGGCUCUGCAGGUGUGAGUGUGUCUCUGCACAUGGCAGUGUGUGCAAGGAGUGUGUGAGUGUUGGUGCGUGAAGGUUCCACGUGUGCAAACAGGUCCCAUUCAUGUGGGCACGUGUGCUGCUGGGCAGUCUAUGCGUGUGGAGUGUUGUGCAGAUGUGUGCUGGUGUGCACAGACUGUGUGUCCAUGCACAGUUUUGUGCAUGAGAGCAUGAACCUGUCAGUGCGUGCACAAGUGUCUGUGCACAAAUGUGUGUGUGCAGAUCCUUACAGGGGGGGAUGCAUGCACAAGCUGCUGCACACAGGCUCAGUGUGUGCACAGAUUCUGUGUGUGCCAGCACAUUUCUGUGUAUGUGCACAUGUGCACAUCACUACUGAGCUCUGCUGGGUGGAGUGAGCCUGGUGCACGUGUGCACAUAGCUCGUGACCCCAUGGGACAGAGGGUGUUGGACCCUUAAGGUGCCACCUCAAUGCUGGUGUUCCCAAUGUUGUCACCCUCCUGCUGUCAGUGAUGGCACGGUGGACACGUUGGACACUGAUGCACACCCACAUGUAUUCCCCAGGAGGUGCAGUGGCACUGGGACAGCUCUGAAAUAAAGCUCUAUUUUUGUCAUACUCCAUUCUUGGCUGCCAUGACCUCGCACCCAGACCGUCUGAGCCCCCGCUCCCAGUGGAGGCUGUGACAAGAGACUUCAGCCUGAGCCACCUCGCAUGUGCUGGGGCUCCGGACUCAAAUGCUGUCUUUCUUCCACCUGUUGGGAUGGUGAGUCUUGAGGCUGCUUGCAGAAAUACCCUGGGAACAGCUCCUUCCCAGCAGGGCCACCAUAGUGCCACAGGGCCACAGCCAUUGUGCCAGCUUCCCAAGGGCUGGAGUGGUGCCCAUCCCACAAAGUGCCCAAGGGGCACUGAGCUAUCAGAACCAGCCUGUGCCCUUACCAAGGGCUUGGCAGGACAAGCUGUGUCCGUCCCUCUGCCUGUUUGCUUUUAGGGCUCAGAUUUCAGAGGCUUUUCCAUAGCAGGAAGGACGAGAUGGCGUUUUGGGUUUCCUUCUGAAGGGCAAACCACACUGUGGACAUCAGGAAAAGCCCCCAGCACAGCCUUGCACACACACUGACCUCAGGGGCUGGAAGAGCAGGACUGGGCCAGGAUCCUACUGCACCAUGUCUUUGCCUGGUUUGCCCUCUUUUUAACACUUUGUAGUGCUGUUGGCUGUCCCCUCUUUGAGUAUUUCAGGCCAUGACCUCAGCCUGGUGGCAUUCCUGAUGUUGGGGUGUCCCAAAGGGGCACAGGCACGGGGCAGCUCCUGACUCCAUCCCUGCAGAAGGCAGUGAGCUGCCAUGUCUCCAUGCCCUCUGACACCCCCAUGGCUCUUGUGUCCCCAGUGUGGGGACUUUACCAUCUCUUCCAGCCCCUUCUAAGAGUGCACCAUUGAAAUGUUCUGUACAGGGAUUAGCUGCUGCCCCAGGGUAAGGCUGUGCUAGCAGGGAGGGAUCUGCAGAUGGGAGGCAGCAGGGACAAAGUCUGGCUGAGUAAAUGCUGUCCCUCUGUCACAUGCUGGGUGAUGCUCCUGAAGUGGGGGGUGAGACCACACCUGCACUGCUGCAUCCAAGCCUGGGGAAUCUGGUAGGGGAGGAAGAGGGGUCAGCAGCAAGGAGCAGGAUGUCAUAGGUCACUCCCAGCACUGCACUGCACUGCACUCCCAGCACUCCUGGCCUCUCCCUACCACAGCAGAAGAACAGAUUUUGGUCUGCUGUGUCAGGACCCAGAGUCAUAUCCCAAUUAGGAAAAACAAACAUUGGUACUGUUCUGAACUCCCUGAGUUGCAGCUAGAUUCUGCCCUGUUUUAUAAGCACAGCUUGUGCUGAAAUAAAACAACACCAGCACGUGACGAGUGGCUUCAGU